UACCAAUGAUUGUCACACACACACUAGGUGUGGUGAAAUUUGUCCUCUGCAUUUGACCCAUCCCCUUGUUCACCCCCUGGGAGGUGAGGGGAGCAGUGAGCAGCAGCGGUGGCCGCACCCGGGAAUAAUUUUUGGUGAUUUAACCCCCAAUUCCAACCCUUGAUGCUGAGUGCCAAGCAGGGACGUAAUGGGUCCCAUUUUUAUAGUCUUUGGUAUGACUCGGCCAGGGUUUGAACUCACAACCUACCGAUCUCAGGGCGGACACUCUAACCACUAGGCCACUGAGUAGGUAUCGAUUCAAAAACUAUAUUUUCCCGAUUCAAAAGGAUCAGAGCCGGCCCAAGGCAUAAGCGUACUAAGCGCUUGCUUAGGGCCCCGCGGCCACCAAGGGGCCCCCAAAAGCAAUUAACAAAUAAUAAUUAUUUUUUAUUUUUUGCAUGUACGAGUCUGACUGAUGAUUUCUAAAUGAUCAAAGAUAUAUUAUUGUACAAAAACACAAUUUUAGGUCAACAGAGUGCUGCUGCUGCUGCUGAUCUAGGCCUAGUGAUUCUUCCUGCCUCUCUUUAAAUGUAAAGUGAAGUGAAUUACAUUUAUAUAGCGCUUUUUCUCAAGUGACUCAAAGCACUUUACAUUGUGAAACCCAAUAUCUAAGUUACAUUUAAACCAGUGUGGGUGGCACUGGGAGCAGGUGGGUAAAGUGUCUUGCCCAAGGACACAACGGCAGUGACUAGGAUGGCGGAAGCGGGGAUCGAACCUGCAACCCUCAAGUUGCUGGCACGGCCGCUCUACCAACCGAGCUAUACCGCUAUAUGUAAAGCUGCCUCUGCUGCACCUGUGACGUUUGCCGCCUGUCGUGCAAUGCCAGACAUGCGCACUGGGCAUCAAAAGCGCAGAUAGAGGCAAAACAAUGUCACAAAAAAGGACAUAUCCUUCAGGUGCAGAAAAAAAGGAAGAAGAAGAAAGUGGAAGAGGAAAAAAAAUGCCAUGAUAAAGGUAUAUUUGCAUGACUUGGUAAUAAAAAGUUUAUCAAAGAGAUUUGUAGCUGUAAUUAGCUUUAGCUAGGUGGCGUUAGCUAGCUAGCGCGGUGCUAGCAAUAUGUUUUUAGCAUCAGGUUACUAGUGAGAUAUGUUGUUUCCACAAAUUGUUUGCAGCAGAGCAUGGUAAUUUAUGUGAGUAAAAUAAACAUUUUUUUUUUUACAUCAACUCAUAAUUUAUGUGAAACUUCCCCAGGAGCAUUGUUAAAAUACUUUGGAGGCACAGAAUCAGCCCAGAGCCAGUCCACAUCCUCAGGCUCAACUGUGAGUGAUGAAUCAGGUCCAUCUCCAUCCUCUACAGUGCUCUCUCACACACCUCCAUCCUCUGUGCCCACUGUCCCCUCCAUGUCUGAAACCACAGCUGAUUUAUCUACAACUUCCACCACAACAUCGCCUUCACACCAUGGACCAUCAUCAGCUCCGCCAGUUGACCCAGCUGAGUGGCCUUCUUUCCUCUCAGAUUCAGACAGGACUGAGCAGGUGAGCAGAGGACCACUGUCUAUCAAGGAGAACUUUUCAUUCCCCAAACGGCAUUAUGGCCGAAGUUUUCAUCAUCAUUAUACCUACAGACAGCUAGUCAAUGGGGAAAAAGUCAAUCGUAGCUGGCUGACUUAUUCAAGAAGCAAAGAUGCAGUCUAUUGCUUUUGCUGCAAAUUAUUUUCCAAAAAGUCCUUAAAACUGGCAGCCGAGGGACAGCGGGAUUGGGUCAACAUAGGUGCACUGCUGAAACAGCAAGAAAACAGUGAAGAUCAUUGUAGCAACACGGUGAAAUGGAAGGAAUUUGCCUUGCGUCUUUCAAAGGGGAAAACUAUUGAUGAGACAGAAAUUGGCCUCCUGGAGGCAGAAAAGAAUCGCUGGAGAGACGUUCUCACACGCUUAGUCACUAUUAUCCAGUCACUGGCAGAAAGGAACCUGGCACUGAGGGGAUCUGUUGACACAUUACAUCAGACGAACAAUGGGAACUUUCUAAAAGAAGUGGAACUGAUUGCUAAAUUUGAUCCUGUGUUGAAAGAUCACGUGAGACGCAUUGACAGUGGAGCAGAGCAUAUCACAUACUUGGGGAAAACUAUUCAAAAUGAGUUGAUAACCUGUAUAAGUGAUAAAAUAGUGGAGACAAGGGUGUCUGAAAUCAAACAGUCAAAAUACUAUGCUGUAAUACUGGAUUGCACCCCAGAUGUAAGUAAUCAAGAACAGAUGUCUGUUGUUGUGCACACUGUAAAUAUUGACAAAACACCUGAGGUAAAGGAGCACUUCUUGGGGUUUCUUCUAGCUCCUGAAUCUACUGGUCAAGGCUUGUCUGAACUAAUUCUUCAGAGGCUUGAAGAGUUGAACAUCCCCUUUGAGGACUGUAGGGGACAAUCAUAUGACAAUGGCGCAAACAUGAAAGGUGCAAAUAAAGGUGUACAGGCAAGGCUUUCAAAAAAAAAUCCACAUGCUUUUUAUGUGCCUUGUGCUGCCCAUAGCUUAAAUCUAGUGGUUUCGAUGCUGCUAAAGGGUCCCUGGAUGCCACUUGCUAUUUUGGACACGUGGAAAAAAUAUAUAAACUCUUCUCAGCUUCCCCUCAAAGGUGGGCAAUCUUGAAGAAGCAUGUGAACAUCACACUCAAGUCUUGGAGUGAGACACGGUGGGAAAGCCGGGUUAAAAGUAUUGAACCAUUACGCUGCCAAGCAGACAAAGUAAGAGAGGCUUUGUUAGAAGUCAGGGAAAAAACUACUGACCCUACACUAAAAGUUGAGACCCACUCGCUUGCUGAAGAAAUGGGGUCAUUCAGAUUUCACAUUUGCUGUGUGGUUUGGUACGACAUUCUCUCCAAGAUUAACAUCACAAGCAAACUACUUCAGUCACCCAACAUGCAGUUGGAUGUUUCAGUGUGGCUCAUUCAGAAAAACAAAGACAAUUUAAUCAGUUACAGGGCAACUGGUUUUAAAGAUGCACAGAUCUCAGCAAAAGAGACAUGUGAACAAUUGAACACUGAAGUAGUGCUGAAACAGAAGAGGUUGUGAACCACAAAAAGGCACUUUGCCUAUGAGAUGACUGAUGAGCCACAAUCUGAUGCCAUGAAGAGACAGGAAGUAACCUUUUUUAAUGUUGUAGUAGACUGUACCAUCCAGUCUUUGGAGGACCGCUUUCAGUCCGUAGAGGAGGUUAGAAGCAUUUUUGGAGUGCUUUUCAACUUUAGCCAACUUGAUGCACAGGCAAGGAAGGACCAGUGUAAAGUUCUCAGAGACAAACUCACCUUUGGAGAACAGUUUGAUAUUGAUGGGAGUGCACUGGCCACAGAGAUGGAGAACCUUCCAGGACUCCCUAGAGCACAGAUGACCCCCUUUGAAUUGCUCACUUACCUCUCUCAAAAUGAGAUCUGUGAGUUGUACCCAAAUCUUUGGGUAGCUCUGCGGAUAGCCUGCACUCUUCCUGUGACUGUUGCAUCUGCAGAGCGGAGCUUUUCCAAGCUCAAAUUAAUAAAAAACUACUUGAGAUCUUCCAUGGCUCAAGAAAGACUGAGUGGACUGGCAGUGAUUAGUAUUAAUAACAAAGUCGGCCAUCAGAUUUCUUACAGUGAUGUCAUAAAUGACUUUGCCUCCAGAAAAGCCAGGAAGCACAGGUUUUAAGGAGUGGGUGGAGUGGUGUGGGUGGUGAAGAACAGAGGAACAAAACUGUGAUGUGAUGGUCAAAUGUGUGAAUUAAGGACCUUAAUUUAAGGUAGUUUAUUUUGAUUUUUUCCCAAAAAAUUUUUUGCACAUCGUUAUGUACAUUUACAUAGUUUUAAUAUGUAGUAACUUUAUAUUUGUUUAUAAACCGUUAUGUUACCUUGUUUCUGGUAACUCUGAUCAUUAAUAUUAUUUAAGUAUUUGCUUGAUAUUUAAUUUAAUUAUGUUUUUUGUACAAUUGAAUUUGUUCCUUUUUAUAUAUA